UAUAUGCAGGGCAAAUUACUCUUUCUUUUUCUAACCCUAACCAAAACGAUACCAUCUAUGUCACUCUUUCUUUCACCGACGAAUCAUCCCUUAACAAUUCUCGCAUCACCAAUGACCUACGACCAAACGAUCAAGAGAUCCAGCGACCUCCGAUGCGCUCUUUCACACCCAAAUACUUUAUGCACGUCAAUAUUCUCCCAACAAACGCCGCAACCACCACCACCAGAAACUGCCACCGACUACUCAUCUCUAUCCCCUCUCUCAUAUGGAUCUGCACAACAAUCGCACCACCGAGGUAUGUUGAUAUUGAAUCUGGACAUAAACACAAAAUGAAGGAUAUGCAAUCGAUGUUUGGGAGGGAAAACAGUUGGAUUGUUUUGACACUGUGCGAGUGCGUAUUUGUUGUUGCUUCUCUUGCUGUGACGGCGUCUGAUUAUGGAUUCUCUACCUCUAAUUACCUCUGUUAAAUCCAGGAGAAGCCAGCUGAAGUUUUUUUUAUACUCAAAAUCGCUUCUUCUUCACACAUAUGUGUUUAUUUACUGAUGAUGGUUCUUUACACGGUUCUGAGAUAAGGGCCAGAAGAUGAUAUGGUGAUUGUCACUGGUUGAUUCGGUGGUGUAGUGAUGGCUGAUUCACCAUGUAUUGUUGGCUGUUUCGUGUCCUGUAGACACAAAACAAAGACAAAAAAAUCAAUUAAUGAGUCUGAAUUUGUGUAUACUUUGCAGUUUUUUUUCUCUUUUAUUAAAGAGGGAGAUAGAGAGCGAGUUUGUGUAUGUAUGUAAACACAAAACACACACAACACACACACCAUUAAUCGCAUACAUUUCCAUUUUCUGUAUGAAAAAAACACACAAAACACACACCUUUAAUCACGUUUUGUAUUUUUCUUCAGGAACUGAGAAAUAUAUUUGAUAAAUUAGGGUUUUAGAUGGUUG